AUGCCGACCGCCUACAGCCUCCGCGCGCCGCCCUCCGCCGCCCCCGCCGCAGCUGCCGUUUGCCCCGGCGGGUGGAGGGGCCGCCCGCCGGAGGAGGGUUGUCGGGGUGGCGGCCGCGUCCGCGUCGCCCUUCGACGAGCUGCACGCGCGGGGGAGGCCCGUACAUGGACCCUCCAAGAAGGGGGAGGGGGUUCUGUAAGAGUGUACACUGUGAAGCAAUGGAGGUUUAGCUGCAUCUGCAUGGACAUAACUUUAGGCUCGAAAUCCAGGCUCUGGAACUUGAUCCAGGAUAUAGAGCCCCUGGACCUAAGUGUCAUUCAGAAAGAUGUUGCUCCUGAAACAGUUGAUGCAAUGAAGAGGACUAUUUCUGGCAUGUUGGGUCUGCUUCCAUCUGAUCAGUUUCGUGUCGUUGUAGAAGCCCUUUGGAAUCCCUUCUUCAAGUUAUUGGUAUCUUCAAUUAUGACUGGGUAUACUCUGCGAAAUGCUGAAUACAGGCUUUCUUUUGAAAGAAAUCUAGAACUGUCUGAAGAAGUUGCAGAAUGCCCAAAAAGUGAUGUCACUGAAGAUAAUCAUCAUAACAUCAAUUUGGGUAGACCUGUCACUAUUUUUAGAUUAUCAGAAGACAUGCCCCAGGACCCUGGAAAAACUGAUGAAGAAUCAUCAUAUGAAAAUAUGGGAGAAGAGCUCGGCGACUUAACACCACAGGCAGAAGAGUACAUUAUUCAGAUGCAAUCUCGUUUGGAUGCCAUGAAAAAGGAGUUACAUGAUCUCAGGAGAAAGAAUUCUGCCCUACAGAUGCAACAGUUUGUUGGGGAGGAAAAAAAUGACUUGCUGGACUAUUUGAGGUCACUAACACCAGAGAAGGUUGCUGAACUAUCAGAGUCUACAUGUCCCGGCGUGCAAGAAGCAAUUCAUUCUGUGGUUCAUGGUCUGCUUGCCACUCUUUCUCCCAAGAUACACUCGAAGGCCCCUCCACUGCUAGAUAACACUUCUGGGGGUGUCCUAAACCUUGGGGGCGAGGAUGAUGACCGUGCAGAACUUGUUGAGAAUGCUUCCCUCCCAUUUCAGCCCCUAAUAUCUGUUCCCCGUGAUUAUCUUGCACGUUUGUUGUUCUGGUGCAUGCUGCUGGGUCACUACAUCCGGGGUUUGGAGUACCGGUUAGAGCUUGCUCAGCUUCUGCGAAUAUCCUGCGACGUGGGUUCUUUCUCUGGUGGCGAUGAUCAUGUUGCUUGA